CACCAAAGUUAGAAAACCCUACUAAAAAAAGACCAACAAAUCCCCUAGUGUCAAAAAAACAAUUUUAUUGUUUAUUCACACAAAAUGGCAAAAUUAGCUAAAACCAAUGGGAAGAAAAAGAUGAUGUACAAGAUAGUGAAUUUGAAAAUUGUGGUGGAGAAAUUACAAAGGAGCCUUUCAAUGGUUAGGAGAUUGGGAGCCGAAUUCGAUAGUCAGCAUCAGCAUAGCCAAUCAGAUCAAAAUGACUCCUCGAAUAACGUGCCUGAGGACGUUAAAGAAGGUCAUUUUGCUGUUAUUGCUGUUGAUGAAGAUGAAUUGAAGAGAUUUGUUGUGCCAUUGAAAUGUUUAACACAUCCUUCAUUCUUAAAAUUAUUGGAACAAGCUGCUGAGGAGUAUGGCUUUGAUCAUGAUGGUGCACUUACAGUACCAUGCAGGCCAAGUGAAUUUGAGAGAAUUUUGAGACAUGAACAAUCAAGUAUGUUGAAAAGUUGUUAAACAUAAUGGAGCCAAAAAAAAAAAAAAGCUAACAAUUUUAGCUUAAUUUGCUUCCCAUCUAUAAGUUGAUUUUAUCAUGUUAUCCCUAAAUUAUAUAUUAUGAAGCCUAAGUGUUGUAGCAUGGUAAGAAUUCCUGAUUUGACCGGAGUAAUACGGUUUUUCACUUGAGAAGUGGAUUGAAGUGAUUGCAAAGAAUUGACCUGAGACGAAGUACUAAUGAAACACGAGUCAAAUGGUUCUUCUUGAAUCGCUCUAUUUCUUAUUUUUGACCGUUAGACGAGGAUCAGGAUAGAGGGAUGAUUGAUCAUCCCUUAGGAUGGUAGAUUCUAUUUCUUGAUUAUCCCACCAAGUUACAACUUUGGUUAAUUAAUGAUAUAUAAUUACUUUUUU